CAGCAUCCUACAUUACCAUCCAAAGAUGCCGCCGAGGAAGACCAGAGCUGCGAAGAAGGUGGACAAGCAGGAUGCAGCAGAGACUUCAGAGGCUGCUGCUUCGUCCUUGCCUCCAGCGGCCGCCAGCAGUGUGAAGGGCAAAGCAAAGGAGCAGGACGAUGCAGACGAGGUGGAGCAACAUGCUGAGCAACACGAUGGCGACGAAGAGCAGGGACACGGAGAACCUGUGGAUGCUCCUGCUGCCUCUUCCUCCUCAACCUCCACCACGACAAUGGAAGACCGCAAAGCGCGCCUCCUCUCCCUCAAGCAACGCCUCUCCGCCUCCUCUCAAGCGAACCGCAAAGACCUUGUCCUCGAUAAAGCCCCCGCCCACGCGCCGGGCUCCUCGACCCGCAAGAACCCGGGUAAAGCGCACAAGCUAGCAAAAGCUGCUGCUACUCUGGACAAGCGCGAUGCAGAGGAGUCUGGGAAGGACUGGGAGCGUGUACGUAAUUGGGGGUAUUCGAUGGAGGACCAGGAACGUUGGGAGGAGAAGUUGAGGGAGAAGGAGGAGAAGAGGGAUAAAGGAUUGAUCGACGCUAAUGGGUUGGCGGCGAGGAGUUAUGCGAGAGGUGUAGAGGGGAUGAAGCCUGAUUUGAAGGCUUAUCAGGCCGAGAGUCGGGGCAAGGAAAAGGGUAGGGAUGCGAGGGGUGCAGAAGGGAGCUCAGCACUCGUCGUUCGCGACGCAGCUACUGGUGCAGUGGUGCCAUCAUCAGCAUCCUCACCCUCCGGCUCUCUUUCCUACGGCAGUCAUCGCCCCAGCGACAACGCAGUGGACCGUGUCAUUGGCCACCUCAACAUGGAAGCCGACGCCCGCUCCAAACGCUCACGCAAGAGGCCCGCGGGAGAAGACGAGGGCGAGGUCACGUACAUCAACGAGAAGAACGCCCACUUCAACCGCAAGAUCAAUCGCUUCUUCGAUGAGCAUACGACGGAGAUUAGGGAGAACUUUGAGAGGGGCACCGCGUGAGUAGCCGCGAGGUUGACGGCUCAGGUUGAUAUGAAUGAUCGGCAGCUGACCCUCUUCCUCUUCCUUCCCCUCCAUCAUAGGCUGUGACCUAUUGUACCCUUGCUUCCCCUCAUCCUGUCCUGAUCUCAUUUCUUUCGACUCCAUCACGCAUUCACAACGCCUUGUUGCCAGUUACAUCAUGUAUUCUCUCUCACCCAGCCUUACAACGCC